GCAUUGGGGCCAAUUGCAUUAGUGCGUUAGUGCGCCCUUCCAAGGACGCGUGUUUGAUUGCAUCCAUUAUUUGAAUAGGAAUCAUGUGUUAGUUCAUGUAGGAGUCUAGAUCUCGUAUCUUGAUAAGUAGCAGGCGGUAUGUGGUGGUACGCGAAGGCGGCGUGCGUGGCGCUGCUAAUCUUCCCAGCGGCGUGCAAGGAACUGGUGGAGGGACCACUGACGGAUGGUGAGGAGCUGCCUCAAGCGCAGGAGCCAGACCUCGUCAACUACGACGAUUACAACCCCACCGAGUUUGACGAUGAUGACAAUGCCGUGUUAGAUUUCACUGCUCACCAAAGAGGGCAAUCACAAUUAUCAGGACCUGCGACACGGAGGCCAGUGCUUGUGCCUUCAACGCGAGCGCCCUUACCACCCCGCCCUCUACCGAGAUGUAUCGACAUCGGGCGCUCGUGGGCCGAAGGCGAGCGGUGGAAGAGAGACAACUGUACUCUCUGCCAGUGCUUCACAGGCCGAGUCAACUGUACCACCCUGAAAGAGUGCUUAAUACCUCAAAGAGCAGAACGACCAAUCAGCGUCAGUAAUAUCAACUCAUCGACGUCGACUUCUGUGCGAGGAGUGCCCGGCCCACCGGGUGACGAGGGACCUUUGGGACCACCUGGUGCCCCUGGGGUGAACGGCAUCCCAGGUGCUCCCGGCAUUCCAGGCCCUUCUGGACCCAUGCCUGAUGUGACCGCAAUACAGGCGUAUUUGGCGCAAAUGGCAGCUGCAGCGGGUGGCGGCGAUAAAGGACCCACGAUCGACCCCUACCCGUUCAUGCAAGCGCCGGUGGGCGCGCCAGGCAUUCGAGGCAUUCCAGGUCCACAAGGGCCGCCCGGGCCGCAGGGUUUCCAAGGUCCCCGUGGAGAAUCCGGCGAGCCGGGUUUGCCCGGGCCAUUGGGGCCGCCGGGGGAAAGGGGGCCACCAGGUCUCCCAGGAAAGGACGGUUCACCGGGAGAAGACGGCGAGCCCGGUCCAGCAGGAGCAGCCGGACAGCCAGGAGCCAGGGGUGCACCGGGAAUGCCAGGGAUACAAGGGUUGAAAGGACACAGAGGCUUUGACGGCAAGGACGGGGUCAAGGGAGAACAAGGGCCCGCAGGCGAGAAGGGCCCCACUGGGCUUCCGGGACCUAUGGGCCCUACCGGGCCUGUGGGUCCAGUGGGUGCUCGGGGUGAACGAGGACGCGAAGGGCCUCCGGGGCCACCGGGCAUACGCGGAGCUGAUGGUCCUCAAGGUGCUCCUGGAUUAAUGGGUAAUGUCGGCAAAACUGGCGCUCCCGGUUUCCCAGGCACCCCAGGAAUGAAAGGCGACCAAGGUGUAAUUGGACCCAAAGGCAGUCAAGGCGUGCAAGGACCGAGGGGAGAAUCUGGAAGACCUGGGCAGCCUGGUGAAGUUGGUGCCACUGGUUUGCCUGGGCGAGACGGGGUCAAUGGAGAGAAAGGAGUUCAGGGCUCACAGGGCCCUUCUGGGCCACAAGGGUUUCCUGGACCUAGGGGCACCCCAGGUGUGGCUGGUGAACCUGGAACACCUGGAGCAAAAGGAAUGCCCGGUCAACCUGGUGAAAGAGGAAUGAAGGGCGACUCCGGACCGAGAGGGGAAUCUGGCGCACCAGGUCCUAGAGGAAUGCCUGGCACUGUUGGACCUGAGGGCAAACGAGGGAAACGGGGACUUAGAGGGCCUGCUGGCAACGUCGGACCUCAAGGCGAAAGGGGCCAACAGGGAAUGAGGGGUUUGCCUGGAGCUGAUGGGCCAAUAGGUGCUAAGGGUCAACCGGGAGAGAGAGGGAGCGUAGGUUUACCUGGUCUUAAGGGAAGUUCUGGAGAUCCCGGCAGAGCUGGCCCUCAAGGUGCCCCUGGACCAAGGGGUGCUAUUGGAAGACCAGGUGUUCCUGGAAAAACUGGGCCGCAAGGAGAAAGGGGUAUUCCUGGAGCUGACGGCAGGCCUGGUGAACAGGGACCUCAGGGGCUACAGGGGCCUCCUGGUAUGAUGGGAAGACCUGGUGAAAGAGGACUUCAGGGAGAAUCCGGCAAAGACGGAGAGACAGGUCAGGCAGGGCCUCAAGGGCCAAAGGGUGAUGCUGGCAGGGAUGGUAGCCCGGGUGUGCAAGGGCCUCAAGGUCCCGUUGGGGCAGCUGGGGAAAGAGGUCCUACUGGCCCAACCGGCCCUACUGGUUUUCCUGGAAUGCCAGGCAGCGCUGGUUUACCAGGGUCCCCCGGCAAAGACGGCGAACCCGGAGUAGCUGGUCCAGUCGGUCCGCCGGGUCCUUCCGGGCCUCAUGGUGAACGGGGUUUCACCGGCGAAAGGGGUCUACCGGGCCAACCCGGGCCAGCUGGCGAGAAGGGAGAAAGUGGCGCGCAAGGAUCUGAUGGACCUCCGGGCCCAGAAGGACAAAGAGGCAGUAAAGGUCACCCAGGGCCAAUGGGAGCUAUGGGUCUACCCGGGCCUCGUGGUUUAACUGGACUUGCAGGAGAAAAGGGCGAACGAGGUGCAGCUGGGCCUCCUGGCAGUGAUGGACCAACAGGUCGUCAAGGCGAGCAAGGUCCUCAAGGGCCAAUCGGACCAGCGGGUCCACCCGGCGAGCCAGCUGAGCGGGGUGAACCAGGCUCACCAGGGCUUCCCGGGGAAUCUGGAGCACCUGGAUCUCCUGGAGAACGGGGUCAACCUGGCCCACAAGGGUCAUCAGGAUUACCAGGCUCACCAGGCUUGACAGGCAUGCCGGGGCUGAAGGGAGAUAGGGGAUACGUUGGUGCUAAAGGACAACAAGGGUCCCCUGGAAACCCAGGAUUGCCCGGAGAGCAAGGCACGCGUGGUCUACCUGGAGCGGUGGGUGCAAAGGGGGCUAGAGGUGAACAGGGGCAUAAAGGGGAGACUGGACACGUGGGGCUGCCUGGUAGACCGGGGGAUAUUGGACCAGCGGGGCCUCAAGGCAGCACUGGACCAGCAGGCGCACCCGGUAUGCCAGGUGCUAAAGGUGCGACGGGAGAUUCAGGGCGCCCUGGGGCUCCGGGCCCAAUAGGGCUCACAGGGCCCUCGGGCCCUGAGGGAGCUAAGGGUGAGCGUGGUGCUGAGGGAGAGACGGGUCCGCAAGGGUUGAUGGGGCCAACUGGACCGCCUGGAGAAAGAGGACCAAGUGGAUUACCGGGUAUGGCCGGGCCACCUGGUCCUCAUGGAUUACGUGGCACUCAGGGUGAAACUGGCUCUCCUGGAAAGCCAGGGUCUGACGGUGCACCAGGGCCAGCUGGGACUCCUGGUCUGCAAGGACCACCCGGGCCCAUUGGUGAACAGGGACCAGAAGGCCGGAUGGGUAAACAGGGCCCGCCAGGACUUGCUGGCAGACCGGGUGACAAGGGACCUACGGGACAGCCAGGACAGUCGGGACCUGCUGGACAGCCCGGCUUACAGGGUCCCUCAGGCCCAACUGGUCCUCCUGGGCCUGCUGGAGAAAGAGGCCCCCGAGGCGAAGCGGGUGCACCAGGCGUUGACGGUCCUAUGGGCCCCGCAGGAAAACAGGGACCACCCGGCUUAGACGGAUUUAAAGGAGAUCGUGGAGAACAAGGCGCAGUUGGGCCCAAGGGUCACGCGGGUCUGCCUGGACUUCCUGGCAUGCUUGGUGCUCCUGGUAGGCAGGGUGAGAGGGGACUGCCGGGGCCAGCGGGCCCAUCUGGGAAAGACGGCGAGCCUGGAAGUCGAGGUCCACCCGGUCGUGAUGGCAGCCCUGGGCCGCAAGGUCCAGCCGGACCCGCGGGCCCACGUGGCCCCUCUGGGGACUCAGGCCGACACGGGCCGCCCGGGCCUCCUGGACCACCGGGGCUUCCUGGACCCGCCGGAGAAGGCCUGGCUUAUGAUGCUGCUGCUUUGGCUGCUAUGCUACAACAAGGCUCCAUAAAAGGCCCUGAUCCACUAGGUGACGACCCCAACCUGAUGCCAGCUCGGUUCUUCAAAGAUGACAUGUCUCCCGCUGAGAAGAAGGAUGUCGUUAUGAAGGCCUACGAAAGACUCAAGGUUUCCUUGGAUAAGUUCCUGAAACCUGAUGGUUCUAAGGAUGCUCCGGGCAAGACAUGCGGCGAUAUUAAGUACCACCAUCCUAACUUCAAAAGCGGCCAGUACUGGAUCGACCCUAACGGUGGAGAUAUCAAUGACGCCAUAUUGGUUCAUUGUGACCUGGAGACAGGUGGCAGCUGCAUCUACCCCAAACCCAUCAUGUCCAAGGAUAUCGCGUACAAAGGAAAGGAAAAGGAGGUUUGGCUCAGUGAGAUGGAAGAAGGAUUUACCAUCACGUACAAAGCCGACCACACCCAAAUCACCUACCUCCAACUGAUGUCGACCCACGCGAGCCAAAACGUCACAUUCCACUGCCGUCGGACCGUGGGUUAUUUCGACCCAGCCACCAACAAUUACCGGCGAGGAAUCAAGCUCCUGGCCUAUAAUGACGCCGAGAUUCUGCCCAAGGCGAACAACAGACUGAGAUAUAGAGCGCUGCUCGACGAGUGUCAGAACAAGAAAGACGAGUGGGCCAAGACGAUAGUGCAGUUCGAGACGGACAAGGCUAACAGGCUCCCACUGCUGGACGUCGGGGUGAGGGACGUGGGCAAAUCCCACCAGAUGUUCAGGGUUGAGCUGGGCCUCGCUUGUUUCAUAUAGAGGAAGAAAGGAGACAAACUAGAACUAUAGGUAGGACUUGACGCAUGUAAAACGCGUGCAGUAUAGACUGUAAUGAGGCACAUUUUUUAGUAAUAGUAUUAUUAAUGGCCUAAUUUGUGUUAAAAAAUUGAUGAUAUAUUUCAUUCCUAUGCGAAUACGUAAGAGGGAUAUAAAGGUCAAGCAUUUUAGGAGCUUCUCUGUCUUCUUUCUCACGUUGCUUGAAUGAAUUUAAAGCAUAAGUCAAUAAGGAAUCUCACAAUAAGUGUAACUCAACCUAGUUAGAUAGCUAUAGGAUUCGUUUAACAUUUAAAUUAGUUGUCAGUUGUAGCUAUGUAAGCUUACUAAGUAGAUAUGUUUAGUUAAAUUUAGUACUUAAUUUUAAAUAAAUCGUCACAACGUUAUUUUAAGUUUACAAAGGUCACAGGCUGUGUUAUUUUGUACAUAAUGUAAAUAUAUCCUUAUUGAUACAUUGAGAAGUGAUAAUUAAAUAGUAGUAUGUUUAAAUAAUUGUAAGUCGAAUUAAUAAUUGUGUUCCUUAUUUUCUUACUUAUUCAUGUAAUGACAUAGUUAAACAAUAAAGUAAUGCUUUAUGUAGCAAUAAAAGAUAUUUUAUUUCAA